AUGACACCUUGUCACGUCAGUGGUCAUGCCCCACAAGUAUGUGUUUGGCAUUUUCUCAUUACUGACUCUUACUAUGACGCGAUUCUAGAACUCGUAAAGGCGCAGCAGGAUCUAACAGGUAAGUCUCCUACGUCGCAUCAGUACGGCUACUCGAAGUGUAAAGUAAAAGCUAACUCACGUCUCAGUAUCUUGGUCAGAACUGAGACGCUCGGGUGGCUGGAUGCUGCCUUUUAUACGAUUUCGGCCCCAACGUCACAUCUCUCGUCCCUGCGCCUCUUUUCCCUUGCGCUCGGACGAUCUAUUCACCAUGUCGUUCCUCGCCUUCGGUCUCAUCGGCAACGUUCGACUCGGAGGGUUUGGACGUCGACAGCGAUUCCUCUCAACUUCAACUACAUACGCACGUCUGAUCUCCUUUCGUCCUGGGAUGAGCGACGCUCGACGGAGACUUCAAUGGGCGUCAUCUCGCGUCACCACAUUGCAAGAAGUCGUCGCGUAUUCAUUAUUUGGUAUCUUCAGUGUCCAUGUCCACCUACAGACAUCACCAUCCUCGACUGGGUCGGACAACCUUCCGAGUUCAACAGCUGUCUUCCGGCCUAUAUCACUUCUUACACCACUCCUCCACACACCCUUCCAUCCCUGUCCGAACGUUCUCCUCCUUGUCUUCUUCCCUUCACCUGCUCUCGUCCAUCGUCCGUAUUCGUCUGAGCCACGUCAGCAGUUGCUGACGUGUGCUGGGCGUUUGCGCAUGGUGUUCGUGG